AUGCUACGUAACAAUAUAUUAAAGAGAUGUUUUUCAAGUUCUAUGACCAAGAGAGUAGGUCAAGAAAUCUUUGAAGAUGUGAAAUUUCAAGUGACUACUUAUAAUAGACCACAGGAUCUAUGUGUCACUAGAGGUCACAAUGAUAUACUUUACGAUGAUGUUAAUGGUAAACAAUUUAUUGAUUUCACUGCUGGUAUUGCUGUGACUGCAUUGGGUCAUUCUAAUGAAAAAAUUGCUGAUAUAUUAAGUGAACAAGCUAGAAAACUGGUUCAUUCCUCUAAUUUAUAUUAUUCUGCUGAAUGUUUAGAAUUAAGUGAAAAAAUUGUUGAUAAGACAAAACAACUUCAAGGCCAAUUUGAUGCCUCUAGAGUUUUUUUAUGUAAUUCAGGUACAGAAGCUAAUGAAGCUGCUUUAAAAUUUGCUAAAAAACAUGGUAUUAAGAAACAUGGUGCUAAGAAACAAGGACUUGUUGCAUUCCAAAACUCAUUCCAUGGUAGAACUAUGGGUGCAUUAUCUGUUACAUGGAAUGCUAAAUACAGAACUCCAUUCGGUGAUUUGAUUCCAAAUGUAUCUUUCUUAAACAUUAAUGAUGAAUUAACUAAGUUACAAAGUUUCUUACAUUCAAACAAGGAUCAAAUUGCUGGUUUAAUUAUUGAACCUGUUCAAGGUGAAGGUGGUGUUUUCCCAGUCCCUGCUGAAAAAUUGAUUGGUAUCAAUCAAGUUUGUAAAGCUAAUGAUAUUGUUGUCAUUUAUGAUGAAAUUCAAUGUGGUCUAGGUCGUUCCGGUAAACUUUGGGCUCAUUCUUAUCUACCAAAGGAGGCUCACCCAGAUAUUUUCACAGCAGCAAAGGCUCUAGGUAAUGGUUUCCCAAUUGCUGCAACUAUCGUUAACGAAAACGUUAACAAUGUCUUAGAAGUUGGUGAUCAUGGUACUACUUACGGUGGUAACCCAUUAGGUUGUGCUGUUGGUAAGUAUGUCAUGGAUACUAUCGGUAAUGAACAAUUCCUUGCACAAGUUAAUGAAAAAUCUAAGAUCUUUAUGGACCGUCUUCAAAAAAUUCAAGCUAAAUACCCAUCGAAAAUUAAGGAUGUUAGAGGUUUAGGUUUAAUGAUUGGUGCCGAAUUUUCUGAGCCACCAGCUAAGGUUAUUCAAAAAUGUAGAGAAAAUGGUCUACUGUUAAUCACUGCAGGUAAGACUACCGCCAGAUUUGUUCCACCAUUAACUAUCUCUCAUGAAAACAUUCAAAAGGGUCUAGAUAUCUUUGAAAAAUCUGUUGCUGAAGUUUAUGCGUAA